UCAGGUUUUAUGCCCACCCCUAAUUGAUAUACCAAUUCAAAGUUUGGCGUAUCGGUGAGCGGAAGCGUAUGACAGAAGUAGAGAGGCAAAGGAGCAGAUCAAACGCAAUAUUGAAUACGUGUGUUCUCUCUAUUUUCCUGUUGUAGUCUUCAUCAGCUUAAUAUGUUGGGUAUAUUUUCAAGACUCUCCGUCAUCAAGGGUGGGCAUAGAAGAGCUCAAAGUGCACUUGAUAAUAGAGAUGAAUUGGGCUCUAAGUUGGAGGGGGGAACAGUUGUUGGCACUGCCUCUACUGCUGUUUUGGCGGGCGAUGGAUGCACCCAUCAUGGCAUUAUUGAGGUUGAAAUCGGAUUCAAGCCAGCCGAACAUCCGAGUGAGCCGUUUGCUGACAACAACAAUGAUAAUCCUAUUUAUUGCCCAUUGCCUGAACCUCCUGCUGCUUCUAUACUAAAUGAUGGAAGAAUUUGGAAAGAGGGAAUACAGGAAGAGGCCUUAACUACAACACGUAGUCACCCCACUGGCCACCCUAUUUGUCCAUCUAUCAGUGCACCAGAGCAGAAUAUUCUCAGAUUGCUUCAAGAUCCCUGAAUUCAUUUCAAAUUUUGUUUUAUCAUGUAUUUUAUUUUCCUUCAACUAGUCUUUCACUCAUGCGUUGCACAUUAUAGCAAAUUAAAUACGUGGUCAUUCAAAACUGUUAGCAUUAGCUACUUUAUCUAUUAAUCUUGAAAACAAAUCCAAUAAUCUUACUCAUCAACAAAUUAACAUAGUACUAUGAAAAGUGACAUAGUAAGAAAUUAGAGAUUCU